AUAAAAUAAUUGAUAAAGGUAAAGGAUUACCGGAUCAUCAAAUCCCAAGAAUUGAAAAUUUAAUUAAUUCUAUGACAUAUUCUAAAGAUAAAAGUAAAAAUGAAAUAUUGUCGUCAUACUUACAAAAUAAAGCAAUUGAAUUUGUAAAUAGUGGGCUUUUUAAGCACUAUUCGUCCGCUAAUUCUGUACAAGAUAAAAUAAAGCAAUUAGAAACUGAAAACAAUAAAUUAGCAAAAUUAGUAGAAAAAUCCAACAAUGAGCUUAGAUCUUUCUAUAUGAAGGUUGU